AUGAGCAUCAAUAAGGACCUGCUCGGCCUCGACAGCCAAGACACGCUUCCCGUGAUCUCCAUCUCAGCCUCGCAGUCUUUGAACGCGUCGGCUGCGCUCAGGGAGCCAAUUCCUACAGGUCUUACGCGUCUGGAUGAGGCGUUGGAUGAUUCACCUGGAGACCAGCGGCGAUCUGGUGGGAUUCUUCGGGGUCAGGUUACGGAGGUAUUUGGACCACCGGGGGUAGGGAAAACUUCUCUCGCGCUAAGCAUUGCAUCGCAUGCCCUCCGCGAUGGCAGAAAAGUUAUCUGGAUCGACACGGGCUCCCCAAUCCCAACAACCCGCCUCAAAUCCACAACCCCAGAGCUGACCAACCUAACCUACUUCCGGGCCCCAACACUACCACACCUCCUAGCCCUCCUCCUCCGCCCACCCAAGGACUUCCCACCAGAAGAAACAAGCCUAAUAAUCAUCGACUCAAUCUCUUCCCUCUUCCCGUCCUACUUCCUCAGCGCCGCAGAACUCAAAGACCGACUGUCCCAAGGCAAAAUCACCGAUAAACCGCAGCUCCAGUGGUUACUCAACCGCAAGUGGAACGUCAUCAGUGAUAUAGCGACCCAUCUAACCCGUCUCGCGGCGCGGAAUAUCGCCGUGUUGGCGUUGAACCAGACUCAUACGAAAAUUAAGGGCCAGCCGCGCGCGACUUUGCAUCCGCUUGUGGCGGGGGGCGCGUGGGAGACGAAUGUUCAGACGAGGAUUGUGUUGUAUCGGGAUUUGCCUGAUAUGCGGUUUGCGGAAAUUACGAAGAGGGCGGGGAGAACGAUGGUUGUAAGGUUGGCGGAGUUGAUUGUGCCGUUUCGGAUUGGAUCUGACGGUCUUUAUGAAGUGGAAGAGCCGAAAUCUCCCGAGGUGCUUGAACCAACACCCAGUCGUAAGCGCAAGGCGGAGAAUGAAGUCGCGGAUAGUCAAGACGAGGACUCGGAAGAAGAGUAUGAGUGGAUGGGCGAGGCAUUGCUAGAUGAGACCUGA